AUGGCCUCAUCUCUGUCGUUUCCUCAACGUACUUCGCGGUCUAUCGCUGUCGGUCCCCAACGCGACAAGGACGCCGCGGUCCGCCAAACAGACUCUGAUGCUGCUCUUGCGAGGCUGUCAGCGGUCAAACGAGGAUAUUUGCACGACCCUUUCAUCGCACACUUGGUUCCGCGCCCCGAAUUUCAGACGCCUCGACCACCGUUGAUCAACAUUGGUACCUAUCUGCGCUCCUCUGCCUUGGAUGAACUUGUGGACAGAUGGCUGGAUCUGAGCUUGCAGCAAGGAAAGCAAUGUCAGAUCAUAAGUCUCGGUGCCGGCAGUGACACGAGAUUUUGGCGGAUUGCCUCUGGGCCCAAAUCAUCGGCGCUCGCCUCGUAUGUUGAGCUUGACCUGGAGGAGAAUGUCGUUAAGAAAGCGAAAGCGAUCCGCAAGAGUAUAGAACUGAGUACGGUCUUGGGCGAUGCGGAGCAAAUACAGAUCAGGAGAGGGGGCUGCGAACUUCAUGCUCGCAAAUAUCACCUGCUAUCAGCAGAUCUUCGCAAGCUUAACACUCUCAAUCAACUUUUCGAAUCACAGCAGACAGGCGAAGCUCCGUUGCUCUCACCGGGAAUACCUGUCCUGCUGAUAUUUGAAUGCGUACUCGUUUACAUGACCCCGGAUGAAUCAAACCGUCUCAUCGAACGGUUUGCCGAUUACUGUCAACCGACCCUCACUCCGCUCGGUGCGGUUGUCUACGAAAUGUUCAAUGUAGGAGAUUCAUUUGGCAGGGUCAUGCUCAACAAUCUGAGUGCGCGAGGGAUAUCGUUACCCGGAGCCACACCAUAUCCGUCGAAACAAAGCCUUGCCGCCCGGUUUCUGCAACACGGGUUCACUGGUGCUCAUGCACUGACGCUCCGCGAUGUCCGAUACCUCUACAUCGAUGUACGCGAGUCUGAAAGGAUAUCCAAACUUGAGAUGUUGGACGAGGUUGAGGAGCUUGAUCUAGUUCUAGAUCACUACGCUAUCACAUGGGGGUACAGUUCGCCAACUGCAGAUGCAGCAUUAUGGUCAACUUGGGCGUUGUACCCAAAGUCUAGUGUACAGAACGAUCAUGACGAGGAGGACCUGUAG